UUUAAGAAACGGUCGGCUCAUAUAGACAGUGAUGCUCAGACAGACAGUGGAGCGCUUGGAUGGAGGCUUCGUCGCAGUGUGCAGCGUUCAUUCCUGACGUGUCUGUCUACAUCUGAACCAACCCACAAGACCGGACAGACGGGGACUAUAUAACUUACGACCCGUCACUUUAUCUGAUAUGGAUACGCACGCCGUGCUGCAUUAAUUAAAGAGGGGGGCAUUUUAGUGAUGCCAACAUCCAGAGAGCAUCUGUGUUGCCGUUACCAGCGCGCGCGGUGAAGUUGGAUUGCGGAUCGCUUAAUUGUAUCGAGCUUGAAACACGAUCUGAGCAGCUUUGACACCGCGGAUGUGUGUUGUGUUGUGAAUGGAUGUGAAGACAUUCUCUUGACAUCGAGCGAUGCGUUUCUGUUGUCUAUAACACCUUAUAAGGAUGCAUGUAAAUAAAUGACAGUAGUUAUAAGGGGAAGCGUUAUCAUCACGUUUGUUUUUAUGUAAAUUGCGCUGAUUUGACUGGAGGAUACGGACAAUGAAUUGACGAUACUCUCGCAACUACGGAGUUAUUUCGUUGAAGAUCCCGAGGACUUAGAAGCUAAUAUAUCCGUAAGAAUUCGUACUAUUUGAAAAACGUAAGAGUUGAGUUCUUCAAACUGUUCUUUUAUCGCUAAUUUGAGUAGACGAAAGGCGCUUAAUGUGGUAAUAUCUAACGUCACCGGUUUUAUUCAAAAAUGUUAUUUAAUGUGACCAAAUAAACCUGAAUACAUCUUAGAUCAACAAACGUCAAGGGUUAGAUCGGGUAGAAUAGCUCCCAUUUCACUUUACAGUCCAAAAACUUGCUGGAACGCUGGAUGACCAUUGGUGAAGAUGUUGCAUGGAUUGUUGUAACUGCUUUCUACUGUCUACCAGGUUCAUCGAGCACUUGCUUGACCAUCUGAGGGCGUGAACUUCCUCCAGUCUUCAAUAUAUCAGCCCCUGCUUCAUUCAAAGACCUUCUAAACUUCAAGAACCAUGGAUAUUAAAACCGAGUCUGAUGACAACCUGGACUGUAGGCAGCCCGCACCCAUUGAAGUUUUUGCCAGCAGGUCCACGCUCCAUGGCAUCUCACACAUGUUCAGUUAUGAACGCCAGUACAUCAAACGAAGCAUCUGGAUCAUCUUUUUCUUGGGGUCUUUAUCGUUCCUGGUGCUUGUUUGCGCUGACCGCAUCAAGUUUUACUUUCAGUAUCCUCAUGUCACCAAGCUGGACGAGGUCACAGCACCAAUGAUGGCGUUUCCUGCCAUCACCUUCUGCAACCUGAACUCUUUCCGCUUCGGCCGCGUGACGCGCAACGACCUGUACCACGCGGGCGAACUGCUCGCGCUUUUAAACGGCAGGUAUGAGAUCCGGGAUACACACAUGGUGGAGGAGAGCGUUAUGAUGACCCUGAAAGAUAAGGCGGACUUCUCCAGCUUCAAGCCUCGUCCCUUCAACAUGCGCGAGUUCUACGAUCGAGCGGGCCAUGACAUUAAGGAAAUGCUCUUGUCCUGCUACUUCAGAGGAGCCGAGUGCAGUGCCGAAGACUUCACAGUGAUCUUCACACGCUAUGGAAAAUGCUACACCUUCAACUCUGGACAGGACGGACGGCCACUGCUGGUGACUAUGAAGGGAGGGAUGGGAAAUGGCCUGGAGCUGAUGCUGGAUAUCCAGCAGGACGAGUACUUGCCCGUGUGGGGAGAGACUGAUGAGACGUCGUUCGAGGCAGGAAUCAAAGUCCAGAUCCACACGCAGGAUGAACCGCCUUUCAUCGAUCAGCUGGGAUUCGGAGUGGCUCCAGGCUUCCAGACGUUCGUCUCCUGCCAAGAACAGCGGCUGACAUAUCUUCCUCCUCCAUGGGGUGACUGCAAGUCGACACCCAUGGACUCUGAAUUCUUCAGCACAUACAGUAUCACCGCCUGCCGCAUCGACUGCGAGACGCGCUAUCUGGUGGAGAACUGCAACUGCCGCAUGGUGCACAUGCCCGGAGACGCUCCAUAUUGCACUCCGGAGCAGUAUAAGGAAUGUGCAGAUCCAGCUCUAGAUUUUCUGGUGGAGAGAGACAAUGACUACUGCGUGUGCGAGACGCCCUGCAACAUGACACGCUAUGGCAAAGAGCUGUCCUUCGUCAAGAUCCCCAGCAAAGCCUCCGCCAAAUACCUGGCCAAGAAGUUCAACAAGUCGGAGCAGUACAUUGCAGAAAACAUCCUAGUGUUGGACAUCUUCUUCGAGGCCCUGAACUACGAGACCAUCGAGCAGAAGAAAGCCUACGAGUUAGCUGGCCUUCUUGGUGACAUUGGCGGACAGAUGGGGCUGUUUAUCGGGGCCAGUAUCUUAACCGUCCUGGAGCUCUUUGACUAUCUGUAUGAGGUGAUCAAGUUCAAACUGUGUCGCUGCGCCAAGAAGAAACACCAGCGGAGAGACAACAAUGAGCGAGGAGCUGUUCUCAGCCUGGACGACGUGAAGCGUCACGCUCCCUGUGACAAUCUUCGUACCCCGUCAACCUACCCAGCCAACAUGCUACCUCACCAUCCUGGCCAGGGCAACUUCGAAGACUUCACCUGCUGAGCUUAAAGCGAGAGCAGCCUGUCUGACAGAGAACAACCAAAGCCGAUCACAUCAGUACGGACUCCAUUCACAACCGGACAUUACAGAGAAACCUUCUGGAUCUGCUGCACAUGGGAAAACCACCAUGUCCUGAGAUAUAUAACCUGACAACGGAGGAAUGGUACCAAUCAACAAAGUGUAUUUUCACUAACACACUACAUGGAAAUGUGCAAAACUUUUAAUGUUUUUUGAACAUUUAAAGGAAAUACUGCCUCAAAAACAAAACUCCUUGAAGCCUCGUAAAUGUGGAGCGAUUUCCCCACGCCAAAUUACACAUAAUGUGACUCGGACAUCGAAUAGCUUCUCGCAGCUGGACCCUGAUGCCUUUUGUGUACAUAGUGCCGGCUCUAAACUGUCUUCAGACCAGUGGCUUACGUAGAUCAGUAGAUAAAUAUAGCUCUUAUUCACUGUAUGUAGCCUCAUUAGUCCCAUCUGCUGGAUCGAUUCAGUCUCAGUGUAUCUCACGAGAAUGUAACUUCCCGAACAAGGUGACCAUUACAUGCGUCAUGGUGGGUUUAGGGACAGUGGAGAGUUCGGGUUCCAUAUGACAUUGUGUUACAGGUCUCAUCUUGUAAAUGCAUGCUGGUUGUCCUGUGCAUGUUUUUAUUUUUAUUUAGAUUUCAUUAUUACUAUUGCCAAGUUUGCCUCAAUUAUAUACAGGUGUUGGAAGAUGGUGUAAAGUUUGUUUUUGUGUGUAUAUGCGUGCGUGUGCAGGUUUUGCUGUUCUUGUGGGGAUGAAAUUUCUCUGUGACCCCAGAAGAAUAGCUAGAUGACAAAAGCACCUUGUAAGAACAUCUCUACAAUGAUACAACAGUUCAAAAAGAAACUAAAAAAAUGUAUAAAUUCAUAUCUAAAAAUGCCAAAAAGUUUUAUUUUACGUUUAGGAUUAGUCUAGUAUAAUUAGCAUAUUUGACAAACAAUAGAUGUGAAUGGUCCUCAAAAGGAUACAGUGGCCCCAAAAAAUAUUUUGACACUCAAGUUACUCUUACAAAUGUGGGGAAAUGGUUGCAUUAGAAAGCAGUUGUGCAUCUCAAAUGCUGCAGUUUGUUUUCUCUUUACUUGUCUUUGAAUCAGCAGGUGUUUUUUAGUGAAUUCUCCUGAAGUUCUUCAUUUUAACACUGUUUUCUUUUUCCUCUGUCUUUUAACACUUUCCUCUCUUACCUCUUGUUUAAGAAACAAACUAUUUGUCAAAUGUUUUUACACUUUCUUUGAUAUUUUUUGGCCAAUUAAAUGAUAUUCAGACAUUUGUAAGUGUGACUUAAAGGAUUAGUUCACUUCAGAAUUAAAAUUCCCUGAUAAUUUACUCACCCCCAUGUCAUCCAACAUGCUCAUGUCUUUCUUUCUUCAGUCGAAAAGAAAUGAAGUUUUUUGAGGAAAACAUUCCAGGAUUUUUCACCAUAUAGUGGACUUCAACAGGGUUCAUCAGGGUUCAGGUCCAAAUGUCAGUUUCAGUGCAGCUUCAAAGGGCUCUACACGAUCCCAGACGAGGAAUAAGGGUCUUUAUCUAGUGAAACAAUUGGUCAUUUUCUAAAAAUAUAUAUAUAUAAAUACAUAAAAUAUAAAACUUUAACCACAAAUGAUCGUCUUGCACUAGCUCUGCGAUGCGCCACGCAUUACGUAAUCACGCUGGAAAGGUCAUGCGUAACGUAGGUGAAAGUACUGAGCAAGUGUUUACAAAGCGAACGUGCAAAGACUAAGUCACACGCCCUUUACAAAAAAAACAACAAUGUCGGACGAUUUUGAAGUUGGAGGAGAAAAUGAGAUGGAUUUUUUUCAACCGCACUACUUCUGUCUACGUCACGUGACCUUUCCGACAUGAUUACAUAAUGCGUGGCACAUCGCAGAGCUAGUGCAAGAUGAGCAUAUGUGGUUAAAAAGUAUAUACAUUUUUAUUUUUUUCACUGAAACUGACAUUUGGAUCUUCAACCCAUUGAACCCCACUAAAGUCCAUUAUAUGGAGAAAAAUCCUGGAAUGUUUUCCUCAAAAACCUUAAUUUCUUUUCAACUGAAUAAAGAAAGAUGUAAACAUCUUGGAUGACAUGGGGGUGAGUAAAUUUUAAUUCUGAAGUGAACUAAUCCUUUAAGUGCCCAAAUACUUUUAGGGCUGGUGUAUGAAUACAUGAUUAUGUGUGCAUGAAGGUGUGACUGAACAUGAAUGUGCGUGACGAAUCUUUCAUCAUUUGUGCGAUGUAGCUGGUCUGUUUCUGGACGAAAAACUUUCCAGGAUCAGGAAUGUAACAAACCAAAGAGUUUGUAUUGUUGGGUGGACCAGACCGAUCGCUCGUACGAGAUUCCAGUCAUGAACGCUAACUAUUCUAACUGUGCGUGCGUAUGUGUGCAUGUGUGUUUGUUCAAGUGAGACUGUUAUUCUUCUGUCUUUAUUUUGAUUGUUAAUGAAAAUUUAACUGCAUUUAACAACUUAUUAUUGUUCAGUUGAAUUCUGUACUUGCGAGACGUAUUUGUUAAUGUCGCAAACUUCAUAUCAAAGCACAAAUAAGACCACCGAUAUGUAAAGGUGAUGUUAAAGAAUGAUAAAAUAUUCUUAUCAGUGUUAUCAUGAUAAUCAGCAGAUUCAUUAUUACUCUGUUAAACUUUCCUUUGUUUUCGUUUUUUACUACAAACAUACAUAUUGCCUGAUAGUGCAGUCGGCAGAUAAUAGGCUGUUCUAUUUAUCUAUGAAGGUAUAAUAAAUAUUCAUAAUUUUACAAA